AAGCCUCUUAAAUUGAAAACAAACACACAUAAAUAAUGACCCAUCAUGCUAAAACUAUCUUGCAAUGCAAAGCAGUGAAUGAGUCUGUAUUUGCAAUGCACGACGCAUCAAAAAGCCCGGUUGGUUGUGCGCGUGAUAUGAAAAAGCAGAGGUGGGAACUGAGAGCACGGAUGCAUUUCCAAGUAUUACAACUCUUUAUGCCAUGACUGGAAGAGCACACAGCACGACAAGCAGUCAAUCAUUGCUUCAGUGUCAAUCUUAAUGCAUUGCUAACUUUUGUUACUUGAUCCUCUAUAGCGCCAUGGCUGAUAACAACAACACCAACCGGAGCAGUUGCGACGUGCUAGUUGAUCAGCAAUCCGCUGUGGUCCUCUUCCCCAUCUUCUACUCUCUGGUCUUCAUCUUCAGCGUGUGCGGCAACGCUUUGGUCCUGGCGGUGAUCUGCCAGAGACGGCAGAAGUUUAACUCCACCGCUGUGUACCUGCUCAACCUGGCUUUGUCGGACACCCUAUUCACGCUGACACUGCCGGGAAGGAUCUUUUACUACAUCCGACGCUUUGACUGGCCCUUUGGUGACCUCCUCUGCAGGAUGAGCACACUCCUGUUCUUUGCCAACACAUACGCAGGUAUCGGCUUCAUGACCUGCAUCAGUCUGGAUCGCUAUGUGGCCGUGGUGCACCCUCAGCGGUUGCGCGGUCUGCGGCAGGUCAAGAUGGUCCGCCGGGUCUGUUGCUUGGUUUGGGCUCUGGUGUCGGCUCAGGUUGCUCCUCUGCUGUUCCGCAGCAUGCUUCAGUAUCACAAGGGCAGACGGACCUGCAUGGAGUACUUCAACCUCGGUAGUUCCCAGUGGAUGCCGCACUUCCUGCUCCUGGCCUGUGUCGUCUCUUUCUGCUGCCCGCUCGCUGCCAUCCUGGCCUCCUACGCCAGCGUCCACCUGAAGCUGCGGGCGGCAACCAAGCGGAACUCAGUGUCGAGAAGGAACCAACGGGCCAACGGCAUUAUUCUCCUCAUCCUCCUCACCUUCAUCUUGUGCUUCAGCCCGUACCACCUCAACGUGAUGCAGUUCAUGUGCCAAAGAAUGCACCAUGAGGUCUCGUGUGAAGAGCUGAGGGGCUUCAAGAUAUCCUCCCAGAUUACCGUCUCGCUCAUGAAUUUCAACUGCUGCUUGGACCCAAUCAUCUACUUCUUUGCCAUUAAGACGUACAAGAAGCAAAUGUUGAGCCUCAUGGGCCACCUGUGGGCUUCCUCCAACACCACCUCAUCCACGACAGCUGAGAACAGCAGCAGCAACAGCUGAGAAAUCAACACAGCGUAAUCCAUCAAACAAACAUUUAAUUUCUAUACUGUAGUUUGGCUGCACCCCAAUAUUUGAUUAACUCAUAUUUUUAGUGUCUUCUUUGUUAUGUAUAGAUUGCAGAACUUUCUGGUUAAAGAAGUUUUGAGUGCAUUUGUGACGAAAUUAAAUACAAUUUAAACACA